UAAACUGACAAAUAAUUGUCAAUGUCAAACAUGUUACAAAGUUGAUUGAACAUUUUGUUGUUUGAAAUAGUUGAAAUAGCAAGAGGCAUAAAUAGUCAAUAAUCGAGUUGAACAUUAAUUUAUUAAAAAACAAGAAUAUUUGACACCGAAAUUGGUGCUAUAACAUCUCUUUUUGUUUGUCCGGUUGUACUGUAUUUUAUUAUAAAUGAUUAAAGAGAAAACGAAAUGUAAAUUUAGAAUGAAUUAUGGACUGUAUUAUAAACAGAAAUUCAGUAUUGGUUUGUUUUUCAUUAGAAAGUGAUAAAAUGCAAGCAAAGAAACGUUUUAUCCUUCUUUUUUUAACCUGCGUAUUCUUAUUAUAUUGCUAUAUUGGCACCUAUAGUUGGAAAUCGGAAUCUAACAAAAGUAGACUGAGUCAACUGCCCAGUUUUGCAACAUUGGAAGAUUUAUCAGGCUUACUUUCACUACCUCAUAUAAAACCAACAGUUGGAAAAAUACCAUGUCGGAUGGACACUUGCUUUGAUUUUUCAAAAUGUGGAAAAGAUCCAAAAGUGUAUGUUUACCCUAGUGAUGGAGCAGUGAGUGCAUCAUAUCGUAAAGUAUUAUCAGUUAUCCGCGAAUCACGAUAUGCCACAAGGGAUCCCAAUGAAGCUUGUUUCUUUGUGCCUGCAAUUGAUACACUAGAUGCUGACCCACUCUCUCCAGAACAUGUCCCUGACGUAUCGUCGCGUCUCUCACGAUUACCAUAUUGGAAAAAUGGACGCAAUCAUAUCAUAUUUAAUUUAUAUGCUGGAACUUGGCCAGACUAUGCCGAAGAUGCCCUUGGCUUUGACCCUGGUGAAGCGAUACUAGCGAGAGCUAGUGCAUCUGAGACCAUUUUCAGAGAUGGUUUUGAUGUUUCAUUACCUCUCUUUCACAAAGAGCAUCCGGAGCGUGGUGGGGUACCACCUGCAGCUACUAGCAAUCCAUUCCCAGCACCACGACGCCAUCUGCUAGCAUUUAAGGGUAAGAGAUAUGUGCAUGGUAUAGGAAGUGAAACAAGGAACUCACUUUGGCAUUUACAUGAUGGUAAUCAUCUAGUCUUAGUUACAACCUGUCGGCAUGGAAAGUCUUGGAAAGAUUUACGAGAUGAAAGAUGUGAUGAAGAUAACAAAGAAUAUGAUAAAUUUGACUAUGAACAGUUAUUAGCAAACUCAACAUUCUGCCUUGUUGCGCGAGGACGACGUCUUGGCUCAUACCGUUUUCUUGAAGCACUGGCUGCUGGAUGCAUACCUGUGCUUUUGAGUAAUGGUUGGCGGCUGCCUUUUGAUGAAAGAAUUGAUUGGCGCCGCGCAGUAAUUUGGGCUGACGAACGCCUUUUAUUACAGGUGCCUGAGCUUGUGCGCUCCGUCUCGCCUGAGCGUAUUCUUGCUCUACGGCAACAAACCCAAUUCUUGUGGGAGCAGUACUUUUCGUCAAUUGAAAAAAUAGUUUUUUCCACAAUAGAGAUUUUGUUGGAACGUGUGUUGGAACAUAGAUCUUCGCGACAACGAGAAGCUUUGAUUUGGAAUGCAUCCCCCGGAGCUCUGGGCACUUUAGCAAACUAUGGAGAUUCCCGCGCGCACCUACCUAUCGUGGCUCCCAUUCUGUCUGCUCCCCCCUGUCCCUCAGCUCCCCUCGCUCCCUUGCCCGCACCGUCCAUGCCUUUGGCGGUGCCGCCGCCCACGCCGGGUAAUACUUAUACUGCAUUAUUAUACGUUCAAGCUACAUCACCAGCAUUACAUAAACUGCUUGCCAAUAUAGCAUCUAGUGCGUAUUGUGAAAAGGUCGUGUUAGUUUGGGACAGUGAGCGUGCAGCACCCUCACUCAAAUCUUUAACGCGUGUAGCUGGUGAUACAAGGGAGCCUCUACCUGUUUUGGUUGUUGAUGCAACAACUCACUAUCCUGGGGAAGGAGUUUCGGCUAGAUGGCAACCGUUAUGGGCAGUCCCGACAGCUGCUGUUUUUUCAUUAGAUGGCGACGCGCCAUUAUUAGCCGAAGAACUGGAUUUCGCCUUUCAUGUGUGGCAAAAUUUUCCUGAGAGAAUUGUUGGAUAUCCUGCUCGUACUCAUUUCUGGGACGAAGCAAAAGGCGCUUGGGGUUACAGCAGCAAGUGGGGCUCGGCGUACUCCAUGGUGCUGCCGGGCGCGGCGCUGGUGCACCGCUCGGCGCUGGCGCAGUACGCGGCCGGCGCGCCCGCGCUGCGCCAGGCCGUGCGCCGCACGCGCAACUGCGAGGACAUCCUGCUCAACUGCCUCGUGGCGCACCUCACCCGCCGCCCGCCGCUCAAGCUUGCCCAGCGACGCCGUUAUAAGACAGCGCAUCAUCGUUACAAAUCAUCUUGGAGCGAUCCGGAGCAUUUCGUGCAGCGACAAUCAUGCCUCAACACUUUUGCCACUGCAUGGGGCUACAUGCCGCUUAUGCGUUCGGUUUUGAGAUUAGACCCAAUAUUGUUCAAAGAUCCUGUAUCGACACUUCGAAAAAAAUAUAGAAAAAUGGAACUAGUGACUUCUUAAUCUACCGAAUUAUAGAUCAUGAUUUGAUGUAGCCCAUACAUGCAGUAGCAAUAUAUGUAUAACACUAUAAUGUAGUUGUGCGUUUACUCGUACGAAAAAUAUUUGUUUUAUAACGUCAAAUGUUAGGUAGUGUGUAGAUUAAUGAAGUAAAGAGCAUUCGUCAGCAAAAUUUAUGCUUCUUUGAUGCACUAAAAUUUUUGUGUAUCGUAAAAAUAUUUUUUAAUAUAAGUUACACGAAGUUGCUUUAAAGCUGUUUAGCCAUAACCAUAACUAGUUAGAAACUCAUUCUGUGAUUAGUUGACUACAUUUACGAUCUUAUCAACUUAUUUAUUCGAAAAAAAGUGAACUGUUUAAAUAGGCCAGUAUGGUGUCUGGCAGACACAUUCAUAAUGCAUUUAUAUUUCUUAUAAUAGUAUAAGUGGAAUAAAUAAAUGUAGUAAACAACAAAUAAGUUCGUUUUCUUCUAUGAAAUAACA